UUACGUCAAAACUGUCAAAAUUUGGAGUGUCAUGUCAACGUAAUAUUUUCGUUUUUCGUGCAAACAUAAUAAUUGAAAAUUGCAAAAAAAUAGCAAAAUAACACUGUGAAAGUUUGUAACUGUGCUAGAAAACUGUGGUUAUAAGUGUUUCCAUGAUGCAUUGGUACGGUGGCAGCAUAGCAGAGGCAGUUACACUGUCUAAACAGAAAAAUGCUAUUUUUGUAGUUUUUGUUGAAGGUGACAACGAGCUGUCAUCGGAGAUGACAUCAGUGUUGGAUGAUGCAGCAGUGCUGCAGAGGCUCGGCAACAGCACCAACUUCCUGGCCAUCCGGCUGAAGAGUGGCUCCACGGACUACACACACUUUGCUCAGAUCUAUCAAUUUGUGCCUGUCCCAUCGCUAUUCUUCAUCGGCCGUAACGGUACUCCGUUAGAGGUGGUCUGCGCGGGAGUGCAGCCAGCUAACCUGGCCACCAGGAUCGACAGGAUACUGGAGGAGCACUACAAAGAAAAGCCAGCACCGCCCACCAUUAAGGAGCAAACGGCCAAUUUGCUGGCGUCCGAAUCCACCCCCGCCCCCGCCCCCACACCAGGGGGGAGCAAAGUGCCUGCCACCGCACCUGUGAAAGAACCUGAACCAUCAGAACCUGCCGCGAAAGUGGCCAAAUUAGACGACCAAGAAGUAGUGUGUAACGACGGUGUUUGCAUCCGCCGCCCGCGCGCCGACGGUGCCGGACCUAGCAAGACCCAUGAUGCUGCUGUAACACAAAAGGAACUAGAAGCGAAUUUGGCUGCGACGGAGAGCACUGUGAGCGCAGAAGAGAAGAUGGAGAGAGCUAAGGCCCUCAUCGAGGCCAAGAGGAAGGAGAAAGCUGAGAAAGAGAGACUGCUAGAGAAGGAGAAGGAGAAAGAGCGACGUAACAUCGGGCAAGGGGUUGCGGAGUUGAAGAAAUGGCAGGCCGAGCAAGAGCUCAAGCAAUUGCAGGAGGAGCGCAAACGCGAGAAGAUGGAGAACGACCUCGCUAGACAACGCAUUUUGGAGCAGAUCGCGCAAGACCGCGCCGAGCGACGCGCCAGGGAGUCCCGGGACGUGCCGCAACCACAAGAGUGCCAUCGGAGGGAAACUACAGCUCCAGCUACAUCCGGGGACGGCGCCAUACAAGCCCGCGUGCAGUUCAAACUGCCGGACGGGACGACUCAUACAAACCACUUCCCUGCCGAGGCAAGAUUGGCCGAGGUGCACCGAUAUGUUGCCGAUAAUUUGGAUUUGCCCACCGCGCAAUUCUCCUUAUGGCUGGCGUUCCCUCGGCGAGAGCUGACCGACACGGAAGCGACACUUCGGCGACUGGAACUAGCGCCGUCCGCGGCGUUGCUCGUGUUGCCGCGCGCCGCCGUCCCGGCGCGGCCUUCCGCCAUCGGCAACAUCAUAGCCCUCGUGACGCAACUCCUGUCAACCAUGAUCUUCGAUCCGUCUACGCGUCUGUACAGCUGGCUGAUGUCCCUCGUGUCCCCCGCGCGGGGCGCGUCCCCCGCGCCGGGGGGCGGCGCCCCCUCCCCCGCGGGGGGUGUCCCCGCCCCCGCCCCCGCCCCCGCCAGGAGGGGCAACGUGCAUAGGCUAAGGGGGGAACGACCGGAUGAUGACAACAAUACAUGGAAUGGGAAUUCGACACAGCAGAUGUAGACAUAUAUUUAUCAUCAACAGUAUAAAGAAGAAACAACACAAUAUUUAGCUACCAAAAUAACACAGUAUAGAAAUACCAAACUUUUGUAA